GAAAGGAGUGCAGGAGCACUAGUGGGGGUCUGAUUGCUUUUGCUUUUUCGCUUUACAGGAAUCUUUGAAAAAUUGGGGGAAAAAAAUGGACUCUUUGCUGCUCUCUCUCUCUCUAUCCAGUAAGGGGAUUGUUUUCUGGGGUUUUUCUGUUUCUGAACCAGCAAGCUUCUCUUUCUCUCUCUAUGUCUACUCUUCUCUCUGACUACUCUCUCUCUCUUGCUCUGAAAAGUGGAAGCAUUGAAACCCAGUCGUGCAUUUUGUGCUAAUGAACCAGCAAGCUUCUCUUUCUCUCUCUAUUCCCAUUGUUCCUUCUCUGUCUACUCUCUCUAGCUCUGAGAAGUGGGAGCAUUGAAACCCAGUUGGGCGUUUUCUGUUUCUGAACCAGCAAGCUUCUCUCUCUGCUGUCUACUCUGUCUCUCUCUGAUAAAUGGUAGAUUGAAACCCAGUUGGGGAUUUUGUGUUUCUGUAACAGCAAGCUUCUCUUUCUCUCUCUAUCUCUACUCUUAUCUCUCUGUCUAGCUCUGAGAAGUGGGAGCAUUGAAACCCAGUUGGGCAUUUUUAGUAUCUCUCUCUAUGAAAGUGGAGCUGUGAAAUACAGUGGGGCAUUUCCUGUUAAUGAAGCCAAGCUUUCUCUCUCUAGGAAGAACCUUACUUCAUGAAAACUGGAGUUAGGGAUUGCCCUGCGGUCUCUUCCUGCAUCUGAAGUAGCAAGUAUUUCUCUCUCUAGGGGCAACUGGGGGCUGUGAAAUCCCUACCAUGGAGUUUUUUCUGUUCCUGAAACAGUAAGAUUCUCUCCCUUUCUCUCUCUAGAGUCUGGACUCGAAGGGGGCUGUGAAAUCCUUUCUCGGUUUUCUGUGACUUUGUUAUUUCUAAACCAGCAUUUCUCACUCUCUUUUUUUAUUUUUUUUGAGGCAAUAGCAUUUCUCACUCUCUUUUUUUUUUUUUUUUUUUGAGGCAAUAGCAUUUCUCACUUUCUUCUCUCUCUAUCGAAAGAUUUCAAUGGGUACAGUAAAAUGCGGCAAGGUUUUCCAAUGGCUUCGCUCUUUCUAAACCAGCAUUUCUCCCUCUCUCUCUCUCUCUCUCUCUCUCUAGAUUAAACUGUGUAAGCUGGAAGGGGUUUUCGUGUUUCUGAACCAGCACUGCGUCUACUUUCUCUCUCUAUAAAAAGGACUGAAUGGUUGGGGUCUUUGGGUGUUUUCCCUGUUUCCUAACCAGCAAUUAGCUGCAUUACUCCUCUCUUUCUCUCUCUAUUUCCAUUUCUCUCUAGGGUGGCUGCCAAACCCCAUAGCACUUUUCUUUUCCUUUCCCAUUUGCUGAAUCAGUAGUCUCUCUCUCUAUACCACGCAUUGGGAGCCUCAAAAUCCAGAACAGUAUCUGACUGACUCUCUCUCUCUCUACCCUCAACCAUCACACCGCUCCUCCGCUCUCUCUCCAUCUGUAUACCUGUAAUACGUUUUUCCUCUCUCUGAACCAUCACUUCUCUCUCUCUCUCUCUCUCUCUCUCUCUUUCUCUUCCCCUCUGAACCGUUAUCCCCAUCUCCCAUCUCUCCUCUCUGAACAUUCUCCCCCUUGUCUCUUGCCCCCCUCUAUCUCUCCUCUCUUCUUCCUGAACCAUCACCCCCUUCUCUCUCUCUCCCCUCAUUCUGAACCAUCAUUCCUACUCUCUCUCUCUACUCUAUCCUACAUCAUCAUCUUUUUACAUACUGAGCCAUCCUUUCUCUCUCUCUCUAGCAUCAUCUAGGUCUACUCUGUGAACCUCACACUCUCCUCUCUCUCUACUUUCUCUCUCUAACAUGAGACCACGCUUCCUCUGAGAUGAACCCCUCCGACCCGCCUCCGCCUGUCCCUCCCCGCCUCUCCAACUCGGCCAACACCAAAUGCCCGCGCCACCCUGACGACCCCGUCACCGGCUUCUGCGCCGCAUGCCUCUGCGAGCGCCUUGAGACCUUCAACCCCAAUGCACCUCGCCUCCAGAAAUCAAACAAUGCCAAGCCAUCAUCAUCUUCAAUCAAAUCCUUCCUCUUCUCGAAUAACAAUAACAGUUCUGUGAGGCCAAUAUCAAAGAAUCAGCCCAAUGAUGCAUCGACUGCUUCUUCUUCUUAUUCGGCAGCAGCAAGCAAUCUUUUGCCGCCUCAGCUGAGGCGUACAAAGUCGUUCUCCGCAACACGGGCAAACCCACCUCUUCCGUCAUCCUCGUUCGAGCCCCAGAGGAAAUCAUGUGACGUUAGGGUGAGGAAUACAUUGUGGUCUCUGUUCUAUUUGGAUGAUGAGAUUAAGCCAAUAAAGGAGGUUCAUGGAGAGAUUGAGGUGGAAAUUGAUGGCCCUGAUGAGAUUAAACCAAUAAAGGAGGUUUAUGGAGAGAUUGAGGUGGAAAUUGAUGGCCCUAAUGCUCUGAACCAGUUCCAGAUUGCAUCUGAGACAUUCGAUAAUGGAGGUGGAAGGGGCUGUGAGCCUGAGAUCAGGGUAUCUGAUGAGCCUGAAAUUAUGGUUUCUGAUGAGCCUGAGAUUAGGGUUUCUGAUGAGCCUGAAGUUACAGUUUGCGACCAGCCUGAAAUUAGGGUGUCUGAGGAGCCUGAAAUGGGAGCUCCAAACCCCAAACUUUGGGCUCAGGACUCCAAAUUUAGGGUUUCCGAACAUGAAAUUCGGGCUCGCGACCCUGACAUUAAGAUUUGUGAACAAGGAAUUAAGGUCCGGGACCAUGAGAUUAGGCCUCGAGAGCAUGAUAUGAGGGCUCGGGACCAUGAGAUUAGGGCUAGGGAGCAUGAACUUAGGCUUAGGGUUCCUGAGGAGGUGCUGCCUAUUGUUGAAGAAUCUGAACCUGAGUUGAAAACUAUGAAAGCUCACAUUGAUUUGGAUUCUCAGUCUAGGGGAUCAGGCCGAAAAAAUUUGCCAGAAAAGAGAGGAGAACACCAUGGGAGCUUUUGGUUAGCUUCGCUUUUUAGCAGGAAGUUACAGAAAUGGCGUCGAAAAGGCAGGGGCUCGAAAAAAGCAGCUGAGGCAGAGGAGAAGAGGCCAAAUGCUAGGCAAUUUAGGGAUACUCAAUCUGAGAUAAUGGACGGUCCUCGUUUCUCAUGUGAUACCGGUCCCAGGUUCUCACUCGAUCUUGGCCGUCCAUCUUGGGAUGAGCCUAGAUAUUCAUGGGAUGAGCCUCGAGCUUCUUGGGAUGGUUACUUGACUGGAAAAUUGUUCUUUAGGCCACCAAUGUCAAGUGAAGAUCCACCCAUUAAUCGAUCCGAUAAGCACUUAACAGUUGAACCAGUGAGAUUGGCUACUGAAGAUCCGGCUAUACCCGGAGGCUCUGCUCAAACUAGAGAUUACUAUUCUGAUUCUUCUUCUCAAAGAAGAAGGAGAAACAAUCUCUCUGAAAAAUCCGACUCUUCGAGUUCGAGGAAAUUCAAGUUAGAGGAUACUAGUAAGCAUUGUUCGAUAGAUACCAAGAAUAACAAUACAACAAAGGUUUCUCCAGCCACUCUUGAUGAUUUGAGCAGUAAAUUUGCAGCAACGGAGUCGAAUUUUGGGGACCAUUCUUUGAGAGACGACUAUUCAGAGAGUUUUGGGAGUUCUUACAGGGAAAUGAGAGGACCCAAGAAGUUGCAGAGAUGGAGCAAGGCUUGGAAUCGCACAAUUGCCGGAUCCAUUUGGGGGCUCAUCCAUAGGCGAAGCAGCAAGGAAGAGGAGAGAGAAAGCAGGGGAGAGAGAGAAUGCAGAGGAAAUUUUAUGGACCAUUCAUUUUCAGAGUCAUGGCAAGAGAGAGAAAGUAAUGGGGUUGGAGAUCGAGUGCUCAGAAUGAAGGAGCUUCGAAGUAACAGCAGUGUGAGCUCGAGGAGCUCUUAUGGGAACGGGUGGACUGGGCGUAGGGGCAGUUUGGGGAAUUUGCAGAGAGAAGGGUCUGCUCGCUAUCAGAAGAAGAGGGAUGAAAUAGUAAUUGAAAGGAACCGGAGCGCACGAUAUAGUCCUGGGCAUCAUAAUAUUGAUAAUGGGCUCUUGAGGUUUUACUUGACCCCCAUGAGGAGCAGUCGAAGAAGUGGCCAUUCAGGCAAUAACCGGCUCAAGGAUUCAAAUUCAUUUGCGAGAACUGUGCUUCGUCUCUAUUGAGAUAGAGAAACAGAAUUCAUGGAAGAGUUAGAGUUAGAGAGCAUGGUUCAAGGAUUUGUUGCCCAUGGGCUUGGAUAGUUAGCGGCAGUUAAAUACGUGCUGGUGUAACAUUCAUGAGGAAGAGAGAUAGAUUCAGAGCCUUUGAGCAAGGAAUAGAGGGAGAGUUUGAUCAUGAGUUCAGUGGAAUCAUUGCUCAUGGGCUCUGCAGAUUUUGACGAACGAUUAAUUGGGAGUUGAGGCCAAAUUGGUGAUCAAAUUGUGGCAUUUACAUUAAUCCUAAUGACAAGACCAGUUAUGGAUGGUUAUGUCCAAAGGCUGCUUAUUGUAGAUUUGAGCUCAAGACAAAGAAGGGCACCAUCAGGUCUUAUUUGUGCUAAGCUUUGUUAUUGUCGUCAUGUAUUAUAUAUAUAUAUAUAUAUAUAUAAUCCUUUGGUGAUCAUGUUAGAUAUGUGAAAUGGAUGCUAUAUAUAGAUAUACGCAUGCUUCUCCUUUUGGGAGCAUGCAGUAUGUUAGUA